UUUGCAUAUGCUCAAAUAGCAUUUAUAAAUCUUAUAUUUCCUAAUUUUUAAAAAUUGCUCAAUAAAUCAGCUCUACCUACAAUUUUUCAUUCUUUUGCAGACGGCAGAGAUGCAGCGUUUAUGUGGGCACUUCACGAUUAUUUUGUGCCUACCAACAAGGUAGUGAAAAAGGAUGUAACUGGCAAAAACCAAACAAAUAAAUUCACGAUACGGGAUUCCCAACAAUCGUUUUUAUACAUAGGCCAAGUAAUACAAGAAGUUGAGGACUGGAUCCAAUUUCUUGUAUCGAUGAAAACAGCAAUCCAACCAUUCGUCUUUACCAUUACAAACGAUAUAACCGAAAUUAAGGAAGUGUAUGUUUAUUUUGAUGGAAUCAAGUAUAAAUUCUUCAGUGUGCUGCGUGCUGUGGAUAUUUGUUUUAAAAUUAUUUAUAUUUUUAAUAUGAACUUUCCAACUGCAUGUGUUAUGUUUUAGAACUUUAUAGAAACGUAUUUUUAUAAAAAUUCGUUUUCUAAGACACAUGUAUUAUAUGAAUAUUUAAAGAAAUAAAAUACACGCAAAUUGAAUGUUUGUCUUACUUGCGCCUUGUCGUUUGAACCAUUUGCAGAUAACUAUUAAGGAAAUACUAGCUAAAAUGUUCAGUUUUAUUAGGUCUUCCUGAUUUUGAAAUAUGAUUUAUACUUUAAUUUCAAAUCAUAAGCACCCAGUCUUAGGUUAACUACCCAAUAUUGUUGUUUUGAACCAUUGCCAUUACAAUCAGUUUAUCCACCACCAUCACCUAUUCACACCUAACAUCAAUACUACUACCAGUACUUUCCUCCAUACGCCUCUGCCCUGACAUACUACAGAAAUAAACAAAAAUUUCAAAAUAGAGCGACAACGCAUAGUAGAAUCCCUGUUACGAUUACAUCUCAAUGAAGAGGAAUCGACUCGCAUCAAAUGGACCUGCAAGGAGUUCUACGACAUUUUCUACAUCGAAGGUAACAAAUUAACAUUUAGUAAUUCUAUAAAACACAAGAUAGAAACAUGUGAUUCACAACCGUGUUACGUCAAAACACACCGAUAUCCAAAAAUCCAUAAACCAGAGGUAGCAUCCCAAGUGAGGAAGAUGCUGAACCAAGACAUAAUCAGACCUAAUUUCUCGACAUGAUCAUUUCCCGUCUGGGUGGUACCGAAGACGAUUGAUGCUUCAAUUAAGCAGAGAGUUGUCAUCGAUUAUUGGAAAUUAAAUGAGAAGACCAUCUCCGAUAUUCACAUAGGGAAACUUGUAAAUAAUUUUGAUCUCGGUACGCAAAUAUUAUUCGAACAUAAUCUGGAAGGACAGCGUCAACUAAUUUGGAGCUCCAUUUCAAGACAAAACUAUAUCCAAUGACGUACUUCAGAAGUUACUCUCUGAUGCAGGAUUUGUUCUAUCGGAUCAACUCCGGAUAUUCAGAGAUAUAGUCCGCAUCCAGUAAAAAAGACAGUUGCUCCAGGAACUACCAUCACAAUUUUCCAAAUCCUUCACAACUCUACUAAAGCUUCUAUGAUAACGGAUUACUACAAUAAAGACGAAGACCAUCUCCGAUAAAUACUCGCUACCGAACAUUACCGAAAUUCUAGAUAACCUAGACCGAAGUGCGUAUUUCACGACGUUGGAUCUAACCUCCGGAUUCCAUCAAAUUGAAGUCGAGAAAAAAUCUAUCCCUAAAACACCCUUCAAUACCGAACAGAGUCAUUUUGAGUUGUUCAGGAUGCCAUUUGGACUUUAAAAAACUCCCCAUCCACGUUCCAGCGUGUAAUGGAUAAUGUACUUACAGGACUUAAUAACACUCAAUGCCUCGUUUAUCUGGAUUCGUUAUUUUUGGUUCUACACUUGCUGAACAUAACAAAAGGUUGAUAAAUGUCUUCAAAAGACUCAGAUCCCAAAACUUGAAGAUACAGCCAGAUAAAUGCAAGUUCCUUGGGGCACUGUACACUAACAGUGAAGUGAGGGGAAGCGGGAAUAGUGAGCUGUUUUGUGUUUCGAUUUGUUUUGUCUACAACCGAUAUCUGACGUAUGAACGAAUUUCGCGAACUUCAUAUACAGUGGGUUGCCAAAUUAAUAGGGACAGUCACAUUUUUUAUCAUAUUUUUUCUUUAGACGCGUUUGACUGUUAUUUCAAGUGGCGUAAGUGGUCCUGGAAUGUAUUUUUAUGUUCACAGCACCUCUACAAAUCAACUUGAAAGUAAAUUUCAAGUGUUAUGGGAUUUGUUUAUUUUGUAAAAAUAUUUUAUUAUCAGGAGAGACGCACAGUCCUUCACACGUGUAAAAGUGAAAUACGUAAAUAAUUAUUUUUAAAAGUUCUUUUGUGAUUUAGUGACAUAAUUAUUAACUGCAAGUAAGUAUUACUUUAUUGUUAUUAAAUUUAAAGUAUUAUGGGGCUGAUUUUAGGAUGAAAAUAAUUUAUUUUUUAUUUUUACAGCUUUCACUAUGGGUCGAGGGUUAGAUUUAUCUCCAAGAAAAAAGUCUGAGGUUAAAACCCUUCUUUUGCACACAAGUCAUUCCCAGAGGAAGAUAGCAGAACUGGCUGGUGUUUCUAAGUCUGUAGUAAAUAAAAUAAAAAUAAAUCUGGAUCAAGAUCAGCCACUUUCGCCCAAACGAAAAGGCAAAUGCGGAAGAAAACGGAUUACAACACCACGGUCCGAUAGGAAAAUCCGGGACAUCUGUUUGCAAAACAGGAAGAAAAGUGCUGGAUUGUUAACACAGAUGGUACAGGAGUCUGGAAUACAAGUUUCUAAGAGAACUGUACAGCGAAGGUUGGCAGAGGAAGGCCUGACCGGUCAUCGUCCAGCUAAAAAACCGCGACUGACAGAGGCGAUGAAGAAGAAACGACUUGCUUGGGCUCGUGAACACCGUCUGAUGAGUGUUGAAGACUGGAGCAAGGUGUGUUUCUCAGACGAAUCAACAUUUGAGAUUCUAGCCGAUAAAAGCAAUUUUGUCAGACGGCGCCCAGGCGAGAAAUUUCACCCUGACUGCAUUGUGGAACGCGUUAAACACCCUGUUAAAAUUAUGGUAUGGUCUGUCAUAAGUGCUAAAGGGGUUGGGCGUCUCUACAUUGUCCAGGGAACCAUGAGACAGGACCAAUACAAGCAGGUCCUAGACACUCGCUUGUUGCCGCAACUCCGGGAAUGGUUCCCAGAGGGGGAGGAAUUCAUGUUUAUGCAUGACUCAGCACCAUGCCAUAAAGCAAGGAGUGUAACAAAAUUUUUAGCAGACCACAAUAUACCAGUUUUACCUUGGCCUGGCAAUUCUCCAGACAUGAACCCCAUCGAAAAUUUAUGGGAAAUUACCAAGGCGGAAAUUGCCAAGGAAAUGAUAACCACCAAGGUAAAACUGAUCGAAAAAUUAAUAAAUGUGUGGCACCACAACCCUAAAAUAAAGGAGAGUGCCAAACAGUGCAUAGAAAGCAUGCCAAGGCGGAUCAAAGCACUCAUUCAGGCUAAAGGAAAUGUGACAAAAUAUUAGCAAUAUCUCAUUGCCAUUUUCAUAAUACCUGCUAAUAUUUUUUAAUUACCUAAAGAUUAUUAUUUUUUUGUUUAAACUACUUGUAAGAUAUGUGUCUAAUAUUAUUAAAUGUAAUUAUAACUCAAAACAACGUUUUUAAUUUGUUAUGGACCAAUAAAGUGUAAAAAACCAAUAUUUUGCGACUGUCCCUAUUAAUUUGGCAACCCACUGUAUAAGGACAGAGUGUAAAAGCUCAUUGAGCAUACACGAGAAGUAAUAAAUAAAUAAAUAUUAAAGUAGACUUCAUAGAAAUAAAUGCCCUAGAAGAUAUCCAAUUAUACAAAAGUAGAAAUUACGACAACCUAGAGCAUUAUUCCCUUAAGGAAAAUUUGGUCACUAAAAUGCCGGCUAUCAUGACAUCCUAUUCAACAACAGAUACUGACAUAUUUAUCCUCAAUCAUAAUGACAAUAAUGAACUAGUACGAAUUGCAAGCUUCAUAAAAAAAUUAUACCAAAUACCUAACGACCUUAAGGUACUUACAAAACCCUACAAUCCCCUCAAUAAAGAUCAAAUAAAUCAUUUAAUAAAAAAAUACCAUAGUUCCCCAGUUUUCGGUCAUAAUGGCAUAAACGAAACUGUAAACAAAAUUCAAGAAAAAUACAAAUGGAAAAACAUGUACGAAAACAUUAAAAACUUUGUGAACGCUUGUGAAAUUUGUCAGAGAUCAAAGAUAGUUAGGCGUAGUUUUGAUAGUCCUUUAACUUUGGUCACCAUACCCAACAAACCAUUCAAAAGAAUAGAUAUGGAUGUUGUAGAUAUAUCUUUAGGGAAAGAGACACGGUAUGUAUAAACUAUACAGGACCAAUUGACGAAAUAUGUACAGGCUUACCCACUUAAAAGUAAAGCAGCGGAAGAUGUUACAAACACCUUAAUUAAAUAUUCUAGCUCAUUCGGAAUCCCCGACCGAAUUCAUUCUGACCAGGGUACGCAAUUUCUGAAUAAAACAUUAAAAACCGUUGAAAAAUUACUAAGCAUUGAAAAACAUUUUCCAUAACCUAUCACUCGCAAAAUAACGACGGCGUAGAAAGAUUUCAUGCCCCUUUAAAAGAGACAUACCUAUACAACAUAUAUACUACAAAAGAUCAACGACCACAAAUUUUAAAAAACAGAUUAAAUUAGAUUAUCAACCCUGGCAUAUAAUAUUGCAAAACAUACCGGCACAGGUUUUACCUCAUAUGAUUUAUUAUUCCGACACAAACACAAAAACCCAUACCAUAACAUACAGUCAAAAGACAUAUUAGUCAAUGAGUACGUCAAUAAAAUAAACAAUAUUUUAAAUAUGGUUAGACGGCAAGCUAUCAACAAUUUAAUGAGAUAUAAAGAAAAGAUUAAACAAAAACAUGACGAAAGUAUCAGACCCCUCCCUAUAUAUGGGAAGGUCCAUUCGAAAUUUUAAAAGUCCUUUCAAGGAAAUGGGAGCGAACUAAUUUUCGACCUCAACGUGAGAGGUAUGAACCUUGUGUUCAAGAUCUGUUCAUCCCUGAAAAUAUUCCAGGGCCUAUUGGUUUUUUCAAUACAUAUGUUGACGAUAGUUUUUUUCAAUCCACGGCUAUGUACAGAAACAUGAAUGAAGUGAAAAAAUCUGGAAAGUCUCUGAAUACCAGUCCAAAAGAGUUAAAAACAUUUUUUGAGUGCUGUAUGCUCAUUGGUAUUUACAGUUUACCAAGAAUUCGAAUGUUUUGGAGAUCUGACAUCAGGGUACCAAUCGUUUCGGACAAGAAAUCGUUUUUUACUCUAAGAACACGGCUAAAACUUGUGGACUAUGAUUCCAUAACCAAGGAGACUAAAACCCUUGACAGAUUUUGGAAAAUCAGACCGAUUUUUGGAUUCAAUCCAAAAAGCUUGCCUACAAAAUGAAAGACCCCAACAAGUAUCAAUUAACGAACAAAUGAUACCGUCCCAUGGAAAAAGUGCGGGGAAAACCUAACCCUGUUGGACUAAAAAAUUUUGUUAUGACGACUCCUAAGGGGAUACACUCGAUUUUCAUUUGUACAAAGGGAAGGGCAAACAUACCGAGUCAAGUCUAGUUCAUACACCAGAAAAAGUAGAUGUGGGUGGAAAAGUGGUUAUGGAACUAACCGAUACUUUACCAAUAGGAAUAUCCGUUUUCGUCGACAGAUACUUCACAUCAGAAACAUUGAUUGAGAUUGAGAAUGAAAAUGACAAUACCAAAAACAAAUAUUCAAUUAUUAUCUGACAAAGAUUUAAAAAAAUCUGAAAGGAGCAGCUAUGAUAAAUGGUUUGAUUCUAAUCCAAUUCAUUUGGCUUCAGGAGAAUUUGGAACAGAGCCGUUAGGAUCAUGCAAACGAUGGUCAGCACAGCAAGAAAAAUGCAUAGAAAUCAGUCGUCCGGCAUUACAAUGAUAAAAUGGGCGGUGUGGACUUGUUGGAUAGAGUUAUGUGAAAAUACCCUAUGAGCAGUAGGACAAAUAAAUGGACCAUCCGAUGUAUUUACGCUUUCAGAAAUUCUCAAGGCAGACAUCCAAGAUUAUCUGUCAUUCAAAUUUUCCCUUGCUAAAUCUCUUUUGUACAAUAAAACAAGAGAACAUAAAUCAACUUCUGAAGAAGAGGAAAACGAUCGCCAAACAAAAGGAGAAAAUUUACGCCAGUUCUUGAUAAACGUUUACGAAAGCAUGAAGCUAAACAUCUCCCGGAAUACGUUAGUGAACAACAAAAAUGUAGGUCAAAAUGCAGAUAUCCGGGGCGUAAAAACAUAACUUUUUGUAAGUAUGUUCAAUGCAACGUUUUUCUAUGCUGCAGUAUUAGAAGAAUCUGCUUUUAUAAAUUUCACAAAUACUAAAAAGAUUUUCAUUGUUUUAAUAGCAUAGUGUAGUGUAGUAUCAUCCAUGAUACCGUAGUUUUUAAAAAAAGUACGAGUCUUAAAAAAAUUCAUCUUACUGAUUAGUAUUUCAUGACCCCCGAAAAGUAGUUAUUUUGUCUGAUAUCAAAAUUUUCCCGACAAUUUCCUCUUGAGCCCGAAGAGGUUAAUAAAGAAUGCUAAAGAGAUUUUUGAACAGGUACAAAUAACAAAAUCCUACUAUAAUAAACUAGGAAAUAUUAGAAGCAAAAAGUAAGAACGAUAUUACUUCAUACCAUUAGUUAACUUUAAAGAACUAGAUAACGAUCUUAAAAAUAUUUUACAAGUUCAUAUAAACCAACGACAAAAACGGCCAUGGUUGUCCAUAAUCGGUAAAGCCUUCCAUACGGUAUUCGGGACUCUAGACGAAGACGACGCCGCCUUUUAUGAUAAUGCUGUAGAAUCCAUUCAAAAAUCAAGUCCGGAAACUUUAAAACUAAUAAAGGAACACGUUACAAUGUCAACCUUAAAUACGCUAAGUAAUACCAACAAUACAAUUAAUAAUAAUGAAAGUGAUAAUGAAAAACGUUCAUAAUUUAGAAAAAUGAGCAGCAAAACCAAACGAUGCUAAUACAAAACUAAUUUACUCAUUACUAAUAUUGGAUACAGCCCAAUUAAUUUCAGAAAUGGUCUCAACACUUAAUAAGGAAAUUAAAAAUGUACUAAAUCUAGCUACGUAUGAGAAAAUAGGAAUGUUGCACCCGAGCGUAAUUGAACCUCGCGUUUUGUAGUGAAUGAACUUAAAAAGAUUCAGUCGGAAUCAAAAGAAACCAAGUUAUCUUUCGAUACAAAUCUUGAGUUCAUUCAUUCAUAGUUUAGUGUGAUCAAACCAACAGUUUACUUAAACAAAGACAGGGUAAUUGUUACUUUAAAAGUUCCACUGGUAGAACUAACCGUAUUCAAUUUGUAUAAAAUCUAUCCUUGUAUGUUUCGAGCACGGCGCUGUACGGGUGUGAAACAUGGAUAGUGGACACGGCG